AUGAAGUGUUUAGUAGUUAUAUUUUUUAUCAAAGCUAUAUUGAUUGAUGGACUUCGAAAAGAUAUUUGUGAAAAAUGCAUAUCAAAGGAGCAAUGUCCAGCGUUUUCAAAUAUGGAUAUACACAAGCAAGAGUCAUGGAUGAAGCAAUUUCCUUGUGAUGGUCUGAUACAUAACACUACGUCGAUUUUAGGAUUCGCUACUAUUGCUAAAGGAGAUAAGGUUUGUUGUCCUAGCUCUCAAAUGUGGGGUAUAAAUCAGUUAAACCAAAAUGCAAAAAUAUCUAAGAGUAAUAGUAGUAAUACAGCGUUAGUACCUGAAUAUCAAGGCGUAUACGACCAGCCAUAUAGAAGAAAUCCGUUUUUAUAUGGCAAUCAAAAUUCGCCAAAUAAUCAAAAUGCUUUUGGAAAUCCAGGAUAUAAUCCAAAUUAUUAUGGAAAUCAAAAUUAUCCAAACCAAAAUAUGUACAGGCCUAUAGAUAAUCAAAAUCAACCAAACUUACCUAUAAAUCAAAAUAUGUAUGGACAACAGCAACCAGGUGGUCGUGGGCAAUUUAAUCAAAAUUUACCCAUAAAUCAAGGAGGCUAUAGAGGUCAAGCAAAUUUCCCACGUAGUCCGGGAUAUUUUGGAAAUGACCAAACUCGACCAGUUAAUCAGAAUCUUUAUGGGCCUCAACAAAGCUUUCCACGUAACAUGGACUUUCCAGGCAAUCAAAACAUAUAUGCAGGUCAACAGAAUGUCCCGGUGAAUCAAGAUUUUCCUGGUAACCAGGGUAGCCCUUUAGGAUCUCAGGAAAACCGGCCAGGAUUUUCAGGCGACAAUCAAAAUACGCCCGGUGACCAAAAUAUUUACCCUGGAGAACAAUAUGUCCCUGGUCAAAAUAGCAUUAACGGUGUAUCAAAUCCAGGUAAUGCAAAUGGAGAUCUUCCUAACCAAAAUAUAGGGGGUCAGUUCAAUACUCCUGGUAAUCCAAACUUAUAUAACAACUUACAAAAUAUAAACAGACCUUCUUAUCCUGGUUCAAAUGCUAUAAACAACCCUUGGGGCAAUCAAAAUAUACCUGCAUAUCAAAAUAAUCCACAAGCAAACAUUCCUAAUCAAGUACAACCAGGAGCCUUAACACCGAGUACGCCUUCAGUGAAUAAUCCAAAUCCAUACUACCAGCCAAAAAUACCUCAACAAAAUCAAAAUAGCUAUGAAGAUAAUAUAGGGAAUGAUAACAGUCAAAAGUUAAGCCAAGAAUGCAAAAGGAUGAAGACGAGUUUUCCGCCCAGUCCCGAAACAGGAUGUUGUGGUAAAGAUAUGUCUGAUGCCGAGAGAAUCACUGAUUUGCAGAGCCUUCUUAAUUUAUUUGCUCCAUCCGGAAACAAUUGGAAUCAAGCACCACCUGCAAGAAAUUGGCCAAAUUAUCAGCGAAGAAAACGAUCUCUAAAAAAUGUGACAACUGAUGUAACACUUGAAAAUAGAAUUGCCGGAGGCAUGGAUACGGAGUUAGACCAAUUUCCCUGGACCGCACUUUUGAAGACUACAUUUGAUUAUGGCGACAAGACGGCUGCAUUCAGUUGCGGCGGAUCAUUAAUUAGUCGGAGAUACGUGCUCACUGCCGGCCAUUGUGUCUAUGAACCAAAGGCUAGAAUUAGCGAUGUCGAAAUAACGCUAGCUGAAUAUGACAAACGCACUUUUCCGAUAGAUUGUAUCACGGUGUUUGGUGGAGGCAGGGAAUGUGUCAGAAAUAUCGUUUUACACGCUGAGGACGUAGUACAUCACCCCGAAUACGAUGACGAUCGGCUUCUAAAUGAUAUCGCUCUUAUCAGGCUCGAUGCAUUUGCACCAUAUACGCGAUACAUAAGACCCAUCUGCCUCCCGUCAAUCAACAUUGACCUACCAGAAUUCUCCAACCUCCCUCUAGCCGUCGCCGGUUGGGGAAGAGACGGGAAAUACGUCACAAACAUAAAACAAUCUACUGUCGUACAUUUAGUACCACCAGAGGACUGUAUGAAGUCGUAUCCUCAUUUAACCAAGUCUCACAUAUGUGCUGCGGGUCGUACAGGCGAGGAUACUUGUAAAGGCGAUUCGGGAGGUCCGCUUAUGAUGUUGUAUAGGGAUAGUUAUUAUGUCAUUGGUAUUGUUAGCGGGAAAAGGGCCGAUACUCCAUGUGGAUCCAAAGUCCCGUCGCUUUAUACCAAUGUUUUCCAAUUCGUUAAUUGGAUCCGUAGCACAAUAAGAGAAUAA